UUGACAUGUGUGGAUCCACUCGCGGCCCUGCAGACGUAGGUAGUAAUGGCCUUCCGUGGAUGCUGAAACAUGUGUACUGUGGGUUUUAUUUCGGAUGCAGUUUCCCACAAUGAAAAUGCAAGCUACCGACGUCUUUACAGAUAAAUCCAAAGACAUCAGGGACAGCUGUGUGCGGCCACUUCACAACAUGUCUAUACAAUAGACCACCGUUUAUAAUAAAUAAAUAAAUGUGUUUUUGGGAAGAUGACAAUAAGAGCGUUGUAAACACAGGAGGCGUGAAGUUGAGAAAUCAGCUCCUCCGCAAUUUAAAGUUAGACUUGACCAACAAAUCCUUCCAUUUCCCAGCUAAUGCAGAAAUUGUAGGGAUUAACACCGAGAAACUGAAACGGGAUCUAAUGCCACAUUGUUCUCCCCCACAAAAAUCAAACCGCUUCUCCACCACAUCGAUCGCCCAUCACCGGGCUAACUUAAAGCAGACACGGGCCGACGCCAUAUUGACGGAGCAAAAUGGCUGCUGGGAACAUUUGCUAACAGUUACCCAGCUAGCUAUAAGCUGCUCCGUCCACCUCUACCUUCCCAUUGACGGCAGAAUGAUAACAGCGAGAAGGGCGUGUUAGUAAGAAGAGCACAAGGCCAUUGAAACUCCAAGGGGGAAACUCUGCUAUUUGACAAUGAUCAAGUUUCUGCUGAUGGUCAACAAACAAGGGCAGACUCGACUGUCCAAAUACUACGAGGACAUAGACAUGGUCAAGAGGGCCUCUUUAGAGGUGGACGUCAUCAAGGGCUGCCUUUCACGCAGAAAAGAUGAGUGCUCUUUUGUGGAAUACAAGGACUAUAAGCUAGUAUAUCGCCAAUAUGCUGCCCUAUUCAUUGUUGUUGGCGUCAGUGACACUGAGAAUGAGCUUGCAGUUUAUGAACUGGUACACAAUUUUGUGGAAGUACUGGAUAAGUAUUUCAGCCGUGUGAGUGAGCUGGAUGUAUCCUUUACAAAACAAGUGAAACCAAGCAAAUGAUUGUUUAUAUUUUAUCAUGUUUAACACUUUCCUAAAGAAUAGAAUAAAAUUCUAAUAUUACUGCAAAUGUUUUGAGGGAAUGCUUCUGGCUGUGACUAGUCUUAACUUUAGGUUCAUCAGAUCAUGUUCAACCUGGAGAAAGUACAUAUCAUCCUGGAUGAGAUGAUUCUGAAUGGACACAUUGUGGAGACCAAUAAGACCAGCAUCCUCACGCCAUUACUGGUUCUGGAUAAGGUGGCAGAGACUUAGCAUGAGUGCUGAAGUGCAAAGUUAUUUGCUUGGCUACUUGGCUAGAUAUAUUCAUCUGGAAAUAAAUAAAAUUGAGAAAUAA